GAAUCUUCUUUAAUCCUUUCCUAUAUAUAUUCCCCAUUCAUUCUGCUUCAAAAAGAUCAAAACCGUUUCUUAUAAACGAAAACCCAAAACCUCAUAAACACAAGAGAAUUAAAAUUCAAAAGCAAAAUGAAUCAACCUAUUUAUACAGAGUUGCUGCCGGCGAAUUUGCUGGGAGACUUUCCGGUUUACCGCCGGAAUUCAAGCUUCAGUCGUCUAAUCCCAUGUUUAACUGAAACAUGGGGCGAAUUACCACUAAAAGUCGACGAUUCUGAAGAUAUGGUAAUUUAUACUCUCUUAAAAGACGCUCUUAACGUCGGAUGGUCGCCGUUUAAUUUCACCGCCGGCGAAGUAAAAUCGGAGCUAAGGGAGGAGGAACCUGUGGUUUGUCCGGCGGAGACAACUGCCGCGCCGGCGACUGAGUCACCAAGGGGAAGGCAUUACAGAGGUGUUAGACGACGGCCGUGGGGAAAAUUUGCGGCGGAGAUUAGAGAUCCGGCGAAGAAUGGAGCUAGGGUUUGGCUUGGAACAUACGAAACAGAUGAAGAAGCUGCAAUUGCUUAUGAUAAAGCGGCUUAUAGAAUGCGCGGUUCAAAGGCUCAUUUAAAUUUUCCACAUAGAAUCGGUUUAAAUGAACCGGAACCGGUUCGAGUUACAGCGAAAAGACGAGCAUCGCCUGAACCGGCUAGUUCGUCGGAAAAUAGUUCAGUGAAACGGAGAAGAAAAACUGUUGCAGCUGAGAAAUCUGAAGCAGUAGAAGUGGAGAGUAAAUCAAAUGUUUUGCAAGUUGGAUGUCAAGUUGAACUAUUGACACGUGGACAUCAAUUAUUAGUUAGUUAAGUAUGAACUUAGGAAGAUAAAUAUUUAAUUGUGGUACUCUUUUUUUUUUGGUGCAAAUUUGCGCUCUAAAGUUGUACAGUUUGAUUUUCAUGUUAAUUAUAUGACCGGAGGGUUAAUUUCAACGUA